GGGUUUUCUUGCAAGGCUCUGAUUUGGUCUUUAGCAUCAAGACGAGGUGAAGGGAAGAAAGGAGUGAAAUAUUUGCCAUGUCUCUCUACUUGUCCCUGAUUUUUCUUCUCUCCAUUAGCACAUCUCUUCAAAUGUCUGGUAGGGAAAUAUUUUCAAUCUAUAAUGAAGAUAACAAGCUCUGUGCCCAGGCUCAGAACUCCAGCUCAGUCAUCACCACCACUUGUGAUGAGCACGAUGAGUUUCAGAAGUUCAGGUGGGUCUCUCCCACGCAGCUGCUGAGCAUGGCACUCAAGCUGUGCCUGGGAGUGCUCGCCAAGGACGACGAGGCUGCCGUCACCUUGGAAUCCUGCAACAGGACAAACCAGCUCCAGUGGUGGGAGUGCAGAAACGAGACACUUGCAACCCAUGGCAAGGAUUUAUUUCUCAACUAUGGCAAGGGGAAGGGGAAGAAAAUGAGGCUGUCCAAAGUAUCCAGCAAAGGGAGCAGGUGGAAAAUCCACGGAAGUGCAGACAGCGUGUGCUCUCAGCGCUAUGAGGACAUCUAUACCCUGGGAGGAAAUGCCUUUGGUGCACCCUGUGUCUUCCCUUUUAAGCACCAGGGGAAGUGGUAUGCUGAAUGCAUCCCUCGGAGGGACGAUGCAGACUCUCUCUGGUGUGCAACUUCUGCAGAUUUUGAUAAAGACCAGUUGUUUGGAAAAUGCCCACCUAAAGACACCACCCACAGUAACUUUUGGAAAACAAAUCCUGUGACAGAAACACGCUACCAGAUAAACUCAGAGUCACUUUUGACAUGGCACCAAGCAAGAAAAAGCUGCCAGCAGCAGGAUGCAGAAUUAUUGAGCAUCACAGACCUUCAUGAAGAAAUGUAUUUACUAGGGCUCACUAGUGACCUGGGCAUCAAUGCAAAGCUCUGGAUCGGUCUCUAUGGUGCACUUGACAGUGGCUGGAAGUGGACUGGGGGAAGUCCUUUCAGAUACCUCAACUGGGCCCCAGGAAAUCCCGCUGUGGAAUCUGGAAAAAUAUGUGGGACUUUCCAAGGUAGGAAUGGCAAAUGGGAAAACCAGCUGUGUGAUCGGAAACUGGGAUAUAUCUGCCAGAAGAGAAAUACCUCCUUGGAUUCUAUCACCAUUGCCUCAGAUGAUUCAAAGCAUUUUAAAUGCCCCAGGGAAUGGGUGGCCUAUGCAGGUCAUUGCUACAGAAUUUAUAGAACACCAAAAAUAUGGAAAGAAGCCCAGUCUUCCUGUAGAAAAGAGGAUGGAGAGCUGGCAAGCAUUCACAAUAUUGAAGAGUACAGUUUCACAGUGUCACAGCUCGGGUACAAGCCAGAUGAUGAACUCUGGAUUGGUCUAAGUGACUUCAGGAUUCAAAUGUACUUUGAAUGGAGUGAUGGCACACCUGUGACUUACACCAAAUGGCACCAUGGAGAGCCAACCCACACCUGGAAUAAGGCAGACUGUGUCCUUAUGAAGGGACAGGAUGGAUCCUGGGCUGACAGUGCUUGUGAUAUGAAAUUUGGCUACAUCUGUAAAAGGAAACCCUUGGCUGAAGAACCAGGGGAAGCUGAAGUCACUUACCCAGGCUGCCCGAAAGGCUGGAUGAAGCAUGGCUUUUACUGCUACUCCUUGGUGCAGCUGCCAACAACAUUUUCAGGUGCAAAAAAAGUUUGUGAAGAAAACAAAGGUUACCUGGCUACUGUAAGAGACAGAUAUGAACAAGCUUUUCUGACCUCCAUAAUUGGAUUCAAACCAGAAAAAUACUUCUGGAUUGGUCUUUCAGAUGUGGAAGAACAGGGGACAUUCAAGUGGGCUAAUGGAGAUCCCGUCAGCUUCACUCACUGGAAUGUGGGAAUGCCUGGAGAGGAGACAGGCUGCGUGGCCAUGGCAACAGGACGUUCAGCUGGAUUAUGGGAUAUUUUGAACUGUGAAGAGACAAACACAUUUCUCUGCAAGCAGCUGGUGGAGGGAAUCACUCCCCCUCCUCCUCCUCCAACAACAUCCCCUCUCCUGUUUUGCCCAGAGGGAUGGCAGUCUGUUUCUAAGAGCAGCUUCUGCUUCAAAAUUUUUCACGGAGGAAGGGAAAAAAUGCAAACGUGGUUUGAAGCAAGAGAUUUUUGCAGAACUAUUGGAGGAGAUCUUGCAUGCAUCCACAGUGAAGAAGAACAAAACCUGAUAGCUAGACUAGACAGAGGUUAUAUUCACUAUUCUUACUGGAUGGGUUUAAGUGCCUUGGACUCUGACAGUGGAUUUACAUGGAGUGAUGGCUCACCAGUAAAUUUUGAAAAAUGGUCACAUGGAGAACCAAACAAUUAUGAUGGGAAUGAAAAAUGUGGUGUGUUUACUGGCUAUCUCAAUAUGAACUGGAAUGAUUUAUUUUGUGAACACAUGCUUGACUUUGCUUGCCAAAUUAAAAAAGGAACCUCACCAAAACCAGAGCCUAAUUCCACAUUCAAUUAUGAAUAUACUGUGGGUGAAGAUGACUGGAUAAUAUACAAACACAAGGAAUACUACUUCAGCAGAGAAGCGAAGUCUAUGCAAAAAGCCAGAGACUUUUGCAAGAAUAAUGGUGGUGACCUUGUUGUCAUUGAGAGUGAAACUGAAAAAAAUUUUCUCUGGAAAUAUAUUUUCUAUAAAGACUGGGGGAACCACUUCUACAUUGGCUUAAGUGUGAGCCUUGACAGAACAUUCCGGUGGAUGGAUGGAACAUCAGUGAACUAUGUUGCCUGGGCUCCAAAUGAACCCAAUUUUGCAAAUAAUGAUGAAAACUGUGUGGUCAUGUAUACCCAUACAGGUACAUGGAAUGAUAUCAACUGUGGCAGUGUUGAGUUAUUCAUCUGUGAAAGGCUUAACAACACUGUUCGCCCAACUGUUGCUCCCACCUCACCACCACCAAAGGGUGGGUGUGCGGAAGACUGGCUCCUCUUUGAUAACAAGUGUUUUAAAGUCUUUGGCUUUAAUGAAAAUGAGACAUUGACAUGGCAUGCUGCACGAAACAACUGCAUUGAUCUUGGAGGAAAUCUGGCUACUAUAUCAAAAAAAGAAGAGCAAGCUUUCCUUAUGUCCCUGUUAAAAAAUGCUGCAACUGAUGCUUGGAUUGGGCUGAACGACAUAAAUCAGGAGCACACAUACUUGUGGACAGAUGGAAGCCCAGUAGACUAUACAAACUGGGCCAAAGGUUCCCGAAGUUAUUAUAGCAUGGAUGAUUGUGUCUUUUUGAUGAAGAACCCUAUUGAACAGGCAGGGAAAUGGAAAGAUGAAGGGUGUAAAGCAAGCAAAAGUUACAUCUGCCAAAAAAGUUCUGACCCCAAACUGCCGCACUACCAACCCACAGAUCCAGCGUUUGGCUUUAACAAUUAUGGUGAUGACCGCUACGAAGUCAUCAACUACAAAAUGAGCUGGGAAAAAGCAGAGAAGAGCUGCAGGGACCAGUCUGCAGAACUGGCCAGUAUCCUGGAUCCUUACGCUGAAUCUUUCCUGUGGUUACAAAUACUAAAGCACGGGGAGCCUGUAUGGAUUGGCCUUAACAGCAACAUAACUGGUGGCCAAUAUGUAUGGUCAGAUAGAAGAAGGAGCAGGUAUCUUAACUGGGGCAGUGGAGAGCCAAAUAAAAACAAGGCCUGUGUCUAUUUAGAUUUGGAUGGUUUUUGGAAGACAGCAUCUUGCAAUGAAACGUUUCCAUCCCUCUGUAAGCAAUCCAAUGAGUUAAUCCCUAGUGAGCCACCUCAGCUUCCUGGGAAGUGCCCUGAACCCAAGCGUGGUAGGUCCUGGAUUCCCUUCCGUGGGCACUGUUACUAUGUUCACACCAUUUCUGAGGAAAGUUGGCCUGACGCUUCCAUGAUGUGCAUUCAAAUGGGUGCCUCUCUGGUUUCCAUAGAAGAUUCGGCUGAAAUGAAUUUUCUCUUACUUUACUUGUCUCCACUUGCAAGUGAAUUCAGAAAGUUUUGGAUAGGAUUGUUCAAAAAUAUUGAUGGAGAAUGGAUAUGGAUGGACAGAAGUGCAGUAGAAUAUGUCAACUGGGAGAAAGGAGAGCCUACAGUACUUUUUGAUGAACACUGUGUUGACAUGGAUGUUUUAAGUGGAACCUGGAGGACCUAUUACUGCUCUGUUGACCAGAAUUUUAUUUGCAAAAUCCCCAAAAUUGCUGAAGUUGAGCCAACCCAUGAUUCAUCUGGCAAUAAUGCACCAAGAAACGAAGCUCCUGCUGCUUCAUCAUCCAGUGGUAUUGGUGGGAUGAUUUUUGUACUGGUCUUCCUUCUGCUGGCUGGCACUGGCCUCACAUUGUAUUGUUUCUAUAAAAGAAGACGUGAUCGACAAAUGUUUACAGCUGGGUUUGACAAUGCCAUAUACCGUGGUGACAUUGGAACUCAUGAAUCAAAUUGUCUUGUGACCAAUAUUGAAGAAAAUGAGCAGGCAACAAUUUAAUAGGCGGGAUAAUCUUGGGCUUGAUUUUGAAAAGAAUUAAAGUGUUGGCAUACAUAAGAAUCCUUAAGGAAAAGGAAAGCAAUUUUCUCCUGUGUAAAGUCUAUUUAAUUUUGCAUGGGGUGCUUCUUGCUUUCUCUACUAGCAGGAACAAGCAAACUUGCCAGGCAGAUACAGAGAUCUGCUCACAAACUUUAGUACCUGGGAGGGUUGCUGAGCUUUCACAAAAACCUGGAGCUGUGUUGUAUCAGCCAACACCCAGGCAGCUCCAGCCACCACGCACAUCCAGCAUCAUCUGUAGGCACAAGAACUGUGUUCAUCAUAUUCAGUUGUGAGAAUAUAGUCCUUAGCGUGUUCCAAAAAGUUUAUCCAGACCUGUAGGUACCCUGAAAGUGUCCUGUUGAUGUCCAGCACAGACUGGCAGAAUUGCACAGGUAGGACAGGAUGUUCAAGCUCACCUGGCGCAGAUCCCUGUUUGAAGCAAGACCAGGUCCUAGCUCAGCCAGGCAACUGCUCCAGAGCUGUGGGUCCAUGUCUUCUCUUUGCUACUGAGGCACCACAGAAACUCUUUGUGUUGCCCAUAAUAUCAGAAUUAACAUAAUUUCCUCCUCUGUUUAUGACUGAUGAAAGCACAGUGUAAAUUGUAUUUCUUCUGCUGUAGUUCUGUAACAUAUGCAUUGAAAGAACAACUAUGAUGAGAGGUGGGAAUGUAUUGUGAAUAUAGUUGUUUAUCAUAAACAGUCAAGUAGUUUAAACAGUCAAGUAGGGAUCUCAAAGGAUGCUGCAAAAGGGCAGGAAGGAAAGACAAAUUAUACUUAAUUCACACCUGAACAUUGACAUAAAAAUAUUCUUGAUAUCUCCAAUGCCAGUGUAGAUUUUAUAAAUUUUUAGGCCAUUUUGUCAAAGCCUAAUGAAACUUACCUUUAGAAAGUAUUUUCUAAUUUCUAACCAAAUUCACCCUGUGCAAGUCUGUUUUAAACCUUUGAGUCUCAUUCUAGACUUCCAUCAUGAUGGAGCUUAUGGCAUUGCAUCUUAUACUGGUCUACUGGUAUAAUUCUCAGGCUUCAUAAAUCUUAAAAUAGGCUCGCAUACAGGUGUUUUUAAUUUUCACCUUCCGAGUGUCUUUCAUGCCAAAUGCAAACAACCAAAUGGCUCAAAGCUCUUAGUGCAGUGGAUGGCCUUAUUUAAUUUGAUACUUUUUGAUAUUUUAAUCUUUUUACAGGUUUUAAUUGUGUUUAAGUUAAAAUAUUUUGUGUGUGUAUGAAAAAUAUGUAAAUAAGUUUUUAUUCUGCGUUGGUUCACUAAAUGGGAAUUAAA